CUCUUUAUUAUUAUCUUUUUCGUAAGCAUAGAAAGCAAGUAGCACAGAGACUCAAUGCUUUUAAAAGGGAAGGGAAGGGAGCCUCCAUUGGCACAGGAAAGGGGCAAACGUUCCACAACGCAAGCUGAGCAAAAAGCAAAGCUUUGACUACCAAACUAAUUAAACAACCAAACUAUCUUACUACAACAUACAAGCUUUGGCCCUCAAACUCUCUUCCUCCCAGAACAAUAUCAACCCACAAUAUGGAUGCAUCAACAGCAGCUUGUUGGUUCUCAGAUCCAGGAAUGAUGGAAGAUCCGAGCUUCCACCAGUGGGAGUUGGGCUCUUUGGACCAAUUCGCCAACGCCCAGAACCUUUGGGACAACAUCCAGCAGCCUUUCACCUCCUCCUUCAACGCCGCCGUAAGUGGAUCCUCCAUGGAAUCCUACAGCCCCAAAAAGAUCCCCCAAAAAACAAGCAGGAGCUCCACUUCCCCCAGCAUCCUCUCGUUCGGCAACCCGGACUCACCAAUCGACGACCAAGAGCUUGGGUUGGAUGUUCAGUGCGCUUCAGCCGGUUCAAAGCGGAGCUACGACGGCCGUGUGAAGAGAGAUGUCACCGACAGGCCGCCCUCGCACAACCAGGAUCAUGUUCUUGCGGAGCGGAAGCGGCGUGAAAAACUCAGCCAGAGAUUCAUAUCCCUGUCCGCCAUCAUCCCCGGCCUCAAAAAGAUGGACAAGAAUUCGGUCCUCGGCGGUGCAAUCAAGUACCUGAAGCAGCUCCAGGAGCAGGUGAAGACUCUGGAAGAGCAGUCGGCGAAGAAGAUGGUAGAGUCUGCGGUGAUCGUAAAGAAAUGUCAGCUCUCGGAUGAUGAUGGGUCUUCUCUCGAGGAAAUUUUUUGUGAAGGGAAGCCUAACGAAGCUAAUAACAGCAUUGAUGUUGAGGUCGAGGCGAAGCUAUCGGGAAAGACCGUUCUGUUGAAGAUUCACUGCAAGAAGAGCAAAGGAUUACUGGUGAAGAUACUGGCGGAGAUUGAGAGCCUGAAGCUCUCUGUUCUGAAUUCCAGCUGCAUUCCUUUUACAGGUUCUGCUCUCGAUAUCACUGUGAUGGCUCAGGUUGAAGAAGGUUUUUCUUUGACAGUGAAGGAGCUUGUAAAGAAGCUAAAUGUAUCAUUCAAGAGGCUCAUGUGAAGGAUUUGAUGGAGCACAAGUUCUUGCUUGUUAGUACGAUCGAUGAUGAGGGGGUUUUGUUCUUGAUUUGCUUCUUUUUUACGGGGCUUCAUUUUCUUUGACGGUGAGGGAGCUUGUAAAGAAGCUAAAAAUGUAUCAUUUAAGCAGUUCAUGUGAAGGAUUUGAUGGAGCAGAAGUUUUUGCUUGUUAGUACGAUGGCUGAUGAGGGGGUUUUGUUCU